GUCUGUAGCGAGCUAUCUUUUCACAUAACUUGCUGUCACUUCACCCAGCUGUAUCAUUAAACAUGAAGAUGGCGUUAGUGAAAUCCAACCUCGGUGACUCUCCAGCCGCGAAUCUUAUGUUCAAUGAAAGAAUACGUCAAAUGAUUAAGGAUGGCCAAUUUGUCUAUCAUUUUGGAUUUGGCCAAGCACCGUUCCCUGUGAUUGAAUCUGCACUUGACAGUCUGAAGGAAAAUGCUGGUCAAAACGCUUAUCUCCCGGUACAAGGUAUCCCGGAAUUACGACAAGGCAUCUGUAACUUCCAUGCAAGAUAUGACUCCCUCGGCAGCCUCGACCCAAACAACGUCAUUGUUGGCCCUGGCAGCAAAGAGCUCAUCUACCUUCUCCUAAAUGUCUUCAAUGGGACCGUGCUGCUGUUGGCACCGUCGUGGCCGACGUAUGAACCUCAGGCGGUCUUGGCAGGGAGAAAACCAGUUAUAAUAUCCACCUCAUCUGACAACAACUGGCAACUGACACCCGAGUUGCUAGAGCAGGCAAUUGAGUCAAACCACGUGACCGGAAACAAGCUUCUGAUUCUGACCAAUCCAGACAAUCCCACCGGAACCAGCUACGGGGAUGCCCAACUGGUUGCGUUGAGUAAAGCUUUCCGAAAGAACAACGUGAUUGUUCUGAGUGACGAAAUCUAUGCGAGACUUCACUACACCCAAAGUCAUGUGACACUUGCAAAGCACUACCCAGAGGGAACAGUCAUCAGUAGCGGGCUGUCCAAGUGGGCCAGUGCUGGGGGCUGGAGGAUUGGUUAUCACAUAUAUCCAUCUGAGCUCUCGUCCCUGUUGGCUGCUGUCAAGAGCGAAGCAAGCCACACCUAUUCCUGUGCACCGGCGCCAAUGCAGUUUGCUGCUUCAAAAGUGAGUGACGAAAUGUUUGGUGACCUGGCUUCCUGUGACGAGUACAUCCGUCACACCUCACGGAUCAUGGCAGCCGUGUCCUCAUUCUGUUGCAGGGAGCUGAGGUCAGUUGGGGUGAAGAUGGUGACGCCGACAGCUGGGUACUACGUGUUUCCUGACUUUGAGGUCAUAAGACCGGCCUUGACAUUGCGUGGUAUCACCACGUGUCAGGAGAUGUGUGAUGCGCUGUUGAAAGAAGCAUCCGUGGCGCUGAUGGCAAGUGGUCCCGCCUAUCUCCGCCCGCUGAAGGAACUGACGACCAGGUUAUGCUACGUCAACUUCGACGGCACAGACGCCCUCGCCAACAGCAGAAAGCUUGGGUUAGAUGCACCUCUACCAGAAGAAACCUUCGUCAAAGACUUCUGUACUUCCGUUUACGACGGAAUACUGGCCUUAAAGAACUGGGUUUCACAACUGAAACAUGUGCAAGAGUCAUAACGUGUCAUCACAACUUAUGCUACGACCACGUGACCCACCUUACAGUGUAGUACUUUACCUUAAUAUGAAGUAGAAACAUGAAACAUGUAAAUUGCUAUCUGUAUGCCCUUACCGAUGAUACUUAUAUCAGCUGCUCCUGAAACCCAAUUUUCUAAACCUACAAAUUCAUUAAUGGGUUUCAUUGAAAUCUUGUGUGGCGCUUCUGGAAGAAACACAACCAUGAGAAACACACGAUAGAGGUAAACUGGUGUCAAUGCACUGAGACAAAAAUAAAGUGUGGUCACCAAGGUAACACUUUUUACCUAUGUAUUCUUAUAUUUAAAAGCUGAAUUAUCUAUAUACCCCUACAAAAAAAACAAUGUCGUUGAUCACUAUUGUCUUGUCAACUUUCAAACGGGUGUCUUCAGUAUUUAGGCCACUGCCCCACAGUACAUGUUUCCAUAAUUUAGUAUGCACCUUGCAUGCUUUGUAUAGAAGCAGCUAUCAUUAGUUUGUACAGAACGUUUUAUAAAAUGAUAAUCCUUUAGUAAUAACAUCGUUUUGAAUAAACAUGGCAUUUACAGAUAUAAUGAGGAAUUUCAAAUCAUCUGUACCCGUCUACUUACAAUGAUCCAGGUAAUAAUGGGAGUCUGGGCCAGGCAAACAAAUGGUUGAUAGCACCAGCAAGGUCCACUUCCGCCACGAUAUCUGAGGUCCGUACCAACCUGGAAUCCACGCGUGAGUCGAAAAUAGCCACGGGAACCUAUCUAAGAUCAAAAGCAGACGAUCUAGAUCUGUCGCCGACUGGUACAGACCAUCU